AUGGUAGCUCAGAAUUCUGUUUAUGGUUGGUUUUUCUAUGGUCCUUUUAAAAUAAAUUCAUUAUCGCUAGUUGCAGUUGAUGUCGAUGAAAAGACAAGAGAAUCAAAUGAGGUAUGUGUUCAGCUAAAGAAAUUUUGGGAAACAGAGGAAAUUUCUAAUAAUUCUGUCUUAUCAGAAGAGGAUAAAUUUUGUGAGGACCUUUUUGCAAAAACAACUUUUCGACGAGAAGAUGGCAGAUAUGUAGUGAAAUUACCAUUCAGGCCAGAGUUUCCUAAAGCAAUAUUUUUAUCUGCAUCUCGCUACCAAGCAAAGAAGCAAUAUAUUCAUAUGGAAAUGAAAUUGGGUAGGAAAAUGGACCUUUUGAAUAUUUACAAUAGUAUUUUGAACGAAUAUAUUGAUUUAGGUCAUAUGCAAAAAUGUAACUCUAUCGAAAUAAGUAAAUAUGGUAAAUACUUUUCAUAUUACUUGCCACAUCAUGCAGUUUUCCGGCCUGAGAGUGCUUCAACAAAAGUUCGCGUGGUUUUCAAUGGAUCACGUAAAACACAAAGUUCAUAUACGCUAAACGAUGUAUUAUAUAGUGUGCCAACUCUUCAGUCAGACCUUAUGACUAUAAUUUUAAAUUGGCGAAAAUAUAAAUAUGUCUUUAAUGGAGAUAUUGAAAAAAUGUAUCGUCAAAUUAUGAUAAAUGAUUCAGAUAGGCCCUAUCAGAGAAUAUUGUUUCGCAAUAUUAAUACAGGUGACAUAGAAGAUUAUGAAUUAGCUACUGUAACUUUUGGUAUAAAUCUGCCAACACUUUUACAGUUGGCAGAUGACACAGAAAAAUAUAAUCCAUUAUCGUCAAGAAUAUUGAGAAAUGAGACUUAUGUAGAUGAUGUGUUAUCAGGAGGACAUACAUUAGAAUCAGCAAUAGAAUCUCAAAAUCAGUUAUGCUCCGCACUAUAUUCUGCCGGAUUUCCAUUGAAGAAAAUAACUGCGAAUCAUCCACGAUUGUUAGAACAAAUUCCAAAGGAAAAUCUCUUGAACGACGAUUUCUUGAAAUUCGAUGAUUCAAGUUCCACAAAGACCCUUGGAAUUAGAUGGAACGCUAUGACAGAUACUUUUAGUUACAAAAUAGAAAAGAUGUGUGGCGAAACUUUUUGA